UUGGUAUUGCCAAAUUUGGAGUGUUUGUCCGCGUAGACGUCGCAGUAAAUAGUAACACACUAAUACAGUCACAGUGCGUAGGAUCUCCAGCAUCCGCUUGGCGAGUCGCACCUAUCUAGGCCAAUUUCGUGGUGUGAUUUUCGUCCGCGUGUCCAGUGGUUUCGUUGAUAUACGCGAUGGAAGAUAUAUUCCAGUGGUGCCGAGAAGGCGUCGCCAUGCAAGUGCGGGUCUGGCUCGACGACACCGAACACGACAUGAACCACGGGGACGAUCAUGGAUUUAGUCCAUUGCACUGGGCCGCUAAAGAGGGGCAUCUGAAAAUCGUCGAGAUGCUUGUGCAGAGAGGUGCCCGCAUAAACUCUACGAAUCGAGGCGAUGACACGCCUCUGCACUUGGCUGCAGCGCACGGUCAUCAUGAAAUUGUUCACCUGUUGUUGAAAAACCGUGCUGACAUUAAUUUCACUAACGAACACGGUAACACUCCGUUACACUAUGCUUGCUUCUGGGGCUAUGAAGCAAUCGCUGAAGAACUUAUUGAAAACGGUGCUUUGGCUGCCUUGGCCAACAAAGAUGGAGAUACUCCGCUAGACAAGGGAAGAGGACCAAUUCUAAAACAUUUAAAAGAUUUGGCUUUGCAAUCUGGACAAGAUCUUACUAAAAUAAAUUUCAAAGAUCAAAGCUGGUUGGGUUUAAAAACGAGAAGCCGAGAUGCUACAUUAUCACGACAUAAAGGAAUAAAUUUGAGUGAUCUUUACUUGCACACAAAAAUGGCUACAUCACCUAGUGGAGAAACAUGGCGUGGUCAUUGGCAGAAAAAUGACAUUGUCGCAAAAGUAUUAGCUGUACGACAGUGUACUCCUCGAAUAUCAAGAGAUUUCAAUGAAGAAUUCCCAAAACUUAGAAUAUUCUCACACCCUAAUGUGCUGCCAGUGAUAGGAUGUUGCAACUCCCCUCCUAACUUGGUGGUUAUUAGUCAGUAUAUGCCUUGGGGAUCGCUUUAUACUUUAUUACACGAAGGAGCCAGAGUUACAGUGGACACAGCCUUAGCACUUAGACUUGCAGUAGAUGUUUCUAGGGCCAUGGCAUUUUUGCAUAGUUUGGAAAGGAUCAUACCACAAUUUCAUCUGAAUAGUCAUCAUAUCAUGAUCGAUGAGGAUCUUACAGCUAGGAUAAAUAUGGCAGAUGCUAAAUUUUCAUUCCAAGAAAAGGCAAGAGUAUAUUACCCUGGAUGGAUGUCUCCUGAGGCUUUACAAAAAAAGCGAAUUGAUACUAAUUCAGAAGCGUGUGACAUGUGGAGUUUUGCUGUUCUUUUAUGGGAAUUAGCUACUAGGGAAGUUCCAUUUUCUCACUUGUCACCAAUGGAAAUAGGGAUGAAGGUGGCUUUGGAUGGUUUAAGAGUGUCUAUUCCAUCUGAUAUUUCACCUCACCUCACCAAACUGAUUAAAAUAUGUAUGAACGAGGAUCCGGGCAAAAGGCCAACUUUUGACAUGGUGCUUCCAAUUUUGGAUAAAAUGAAAAGAUAAUAAUAUAAAGUAACAACAUUCUUCAGUGCUAUAGUGGGAGAUGAAAUCUUAACAGAUAGGUCACUAAUCUUUACACAAAGGAAAAUUUCAAAGCUGAUCAAUUACUGUAUCAAAUGGUUAAAAAGUUAAUAUUUAUAUAAUAUACAUGUUUUUAAUUUUGUUAGAAUGUUCAUAGUUUUAUUUUUACUAUAAAUUACUUUUUAUAAACAAAAAACAGUUGAAAUAAAAUAUUAAUAUUUUAUUAAAAAAAAAUUUAGAUAUUUUAACGUUAAAAUGUUACAGUUCAAUUAAUAUUUUUGGACUACUAUAAUAUUCCAGCGUGAGCUUACUGUAUUGUGCAGAUUAAUAAAGACUUUGAAGUUGAUUAUGUAUUAACAUUAGGUAUUAACUAAUUAGUACUUAUUAAUUUAUUAUUAAAUAUAUUAUAUUGUUGUAAUAAGUAUCUAGUUACAACACUGUAUUACUGUUGAGUGGGUGUAUUUUUUUCUAACUGAUAUAAUUUAAAUAAAUUUCAUAAUGCAACUAUAACAUAAUUUUGUAAAUGGUCUGGCACAUAAUGUUCUUAUAAUUUAAUAUACAUUAUACACACCCUCUGGGCUUCUUAAGUUUGUGUUAUAAACAAAAUCUGUUAUAGUUGUCUAUUAUAGCCGCAGUAAUAUCAAAACUAAUGGAUUAUUGCUCCAAGGUAUAUAUUCUUGUUAAGUGGUUAUAUCCUAUUAUCCUGUAUAUUUAGGUAUACUCAAUGUGCUAAUUAUCAUAACUGUAUCAGACAACACUUAAUUAAAAGUUUAUGGUAAUGCUUUAUAUUAAAGUAACCUACAAAUCUAAAGUUGAGUGGACUGGAAUAGUUUCAAUAAAUCUACUCAAAACAUUUUAUUUGUCUAAUAAUAUGGAGUGAAAAUUAAUUUAUACAAUAUUCGGACAGAAUACAGGGGGUGUAAUUAGAAAUUAAUAUGAGCUUACAUUUUGUAUACUUAACUUGUUUUUUUUUUUACAAUAACAUAUAAUACAUUUUAGUUUUGUUAAACUGUAACAAUUUGUAUUAGAUUUAAACAUUUAUUUUUUUUAAAAACUAAUAUUUUUGUUGAAUAUGCAUAAUAUAGCCGAUGACAGUGUUUUUGUCAAUUAUUGUUAAUGUUAUGGCUAGGUACAUAUGCAAAAAUUAAUUAUUCCACGAUAGUGAACACAUCGCGUGCCUUAUUAUACAGUUUGUUAAAAUAAAUUAUCGUACUGCUAAUAAUUGUAAAAUAAUAAUAAUAAUAAAAAUGUAUUACUAAUCGAAA